GCGAGCGGCCAGGCGUGUGUAGGUAGCGCAAGUAGGCAGGCGACGCCCUGCGGCGGCGGUAUAAGUACACUGCGGUCUGCCCCUCUGUCUGCUGCGAGGGAGGGUGCUGUUUUUCCUGGCUCUACUUUGGAUCGCUCUUUUUGCAUUCAACUACACAUCAACAAGCAAACAUGUCUGGUAGAGGAAAAGGUGGAAAAGGUCUAGGAAAGGGCGGUGCCAAGAGACACAGAAAGAUUCUCAGAGAUAACAUCCAGGGUAUCACCAAGCCUGCCAUCAGAAGAUUGGCCAGAAGAGGCGGUGUCAAGAGAAUCUCGGCCUUGAUCUACGAGGAAGUCAGAGCCGUCUUGAAGACCUUCUUGGAGAACGUCAUCAGAGACGCCGUCACCUACACGGAGCACGCCAAGAGAAAGACCGUGACCUCCUUGGACGUGGUGUACGCCUUGAAGAGACAGGGCAGAACCUUGUACGGUUUCGGUGGUUAAACAACAGCCCCUCCCGUUCCGCUCCGCGCCCGCCCCCGUCAACAUAUGUGUAUUACUCUUUUUUUUCUCGUUUUUGCCCCCUCCCCAUUUUUCUCCCCUUCUUUAUGUCGAUUGUACAGUUCAACUAAUUGCGAUUUAUCACACGCGAGGCAACCGC